AUGGACAGUUGUAUCAACCUAGUUGGGUCUCAUCAGUGGUACGAAUCCAUCGACCCAACUGAGGAUCGAACCCCGGAACUCAUGGGCAGAACGCCUGCAUGCAACCCACUCGGCCAUCGGGCAGCUGCUCCAUUUACAAGAAUCAGCUACAUAGUUAUCGCGUUACUACGCCAUGGCUCCCAAAGUUGUUUCAGGCAGAGCAACGAAAAAGGCCUCGAAGAUCGAAGUACCGAACAUCGGCAAGAAGAAGAAGCGCAGGAGGUAGGGGAGCUGCGCCAUCGACAUCUACAAGGUAUUGCGUCAGGUGCAUCCCGACAUCGGUAUCUCCUCGAAAACCAUGUCUUUUAUGAGCUCAUUCGUCAAUGA